UACACACUGGUCUAUCCUCCCGACUUCCUCGUCUCUAUGGUGCUUGUUUUGCAGCUGCGUCACAGGGAGGCGCCUCCCCCCCUGUAAAUGGCGGCAGCGCGGGAUUCUGACGCCAGUCAUACGGGGAUGCCGAGCAAGAAGUCACAGGCUAAAGGGCGAGCUGCCAAAGCUUUGAAGUCCCUGCAGUUUGCCAACCCAGGGCGGCAAACUGAGCUUCCACCAGAAACCAGCACGAGAGAGAAGAGGCGGCAGACCAAGGCCACAGCAGGGUCAGAUAGGCAGACCAUACCAUCAAAGAACAAAGUGUACGAUAGCCGAGGAAUCCUUCUCGUGAACGGCAGGGAUCUGUGCGAUUGUUUGGAUGAAGACUGCAUGGGCUGCUUCUACUCCUGCAGGAAAUGCGGCUCCAACAAGUGCGGCGUGGAGUGUAGGUGCGACCGCAAAUGGCUCUAUGAACAGAUCGAAAUAGAAGGAGGUGAAGUCAUCCGGAAUAAACAUGCGUGAUGUGGGUUGUCCCGCUAUGAAGUUUCUGGCGCUGAACUAUAGACAUUUAAAGGGGUUCUACGAGGUAAAAACAUGGCUGCCUUCGUUCAGAAAAAGCGCCACUUUGGUUCAUGGCUUGUAUCUAGUAUUGCGGUUUGGCUCCGGGCUUGAUCUGCAGUACCACAUGCGGCCUGUGCUCUGGCGUGGCGCUGGUUUUUGGAAGAAUGCAGCCAUGUGUCUCUAAUCUCGGUUAUCCCUUUUUUCUUUUUGAACAAGGAUCCUCAGCUUCUCGUAUCUUUUCUACAGACUCUAAUAGAUUUUGGAUUCUUUGUCAUUUUCUACCGAAGAGAUCUUCAUGGGCCAGAAAGGGCCAAAUUGGUAUAAUUCCAUCUGCUCUUGGAAAUGUUUAUUUUUUUUUUUUUUCUUUAAAAAUUUAAGGAAAAAUCCACAGAACAAAUCUACAAAGUGUCAGUGCCGUGUGUAUUAAAUAAUUUGUGCACCACACUGCAACUUUGAUAGCUGCCAAGAAGAAACCAAGGUGAAUUCAAAGCGGCUUCUCUGAUGUCCGUGUCGUAGUUUUGUAUCUUUCAGAAACCAAAGCUUGUCUGCCUGUAUUUUCAGUUUUUGGUCCGCUGUACUUUUUACACUGUCUUAUAUGUGAGUUAAAACCACUCGUGAAAACUAAGUUAUUUUUCUUAAUUUUUGUGCCUAUUUGUCUACAGAGCAUCUUCAGCUAUGGAUUUCUAGCACCGUAUGCAAAUAAAUUUCUGAUGUAUGAUUUUUA